UUGGAUAGUACACACGCGGUUUUACUACUACCUACUACAACACAGGCAACUUAGAUACACAUGCUACUCUCUCGUGUUGUAGUAGUACAUGUAAAAACAAACCUCAAGUUGGGUUUUGGAGCGGGGCCUGCCUCGAGCAGAGAUCAAAUCAACGGAUAGUCAUUCGCCAGUGAACAGUGAAGCAGUGAAAACCUUCCCGCGGACUCGGAAAAUAAAACGGGUUUUGGAAAACUGUCUGUCGAGGAAAAGUUUGCCAAAACAGUGUUGUGAGCCAUUUCUUUGUUUCAUAGUGUAGUGCGCAAUAAGCGAAAGUAAGAACGAAAUCGUCGGAUAGAUCGGUGGUGCUUAGUGGAAUAUUUAUCUAACUUUAGUGCAGACUAAAGUGUGAUCAAGUAGUUGAUAGUUUUUUGCAAGCCAAUAUUCAGAAUGAGGCCCCCAUCGCACUUUGGUAACGACAUUACCAACACCGCCGCCAACGAUGGCAAUAACAACAGCGGAAGCGGAGACGACAACAACAACAACAAUAACAAUCGGAACACAAUUGUGGCUAGGCUAACGGAAAUGGGUGCAACCAUGAUGUUCCCGAAAAUUGCUGGACGUGGUAUCAUACGAGUCGUAGAACGAUGUGAUGAUGCCAAAGAGAACAAUAAUCUAGAUCUCUCUGAGUGUGAAUUGAUUCAGGUGCCCGACGCAGUUUACCAUCUAAUGAGACACACCGAGUUGAAAACCUGUGAUCUUAGCGGUAAUGUCAUCACAAAAAUUUCGCCCAAAUUCGCCAUUAAAUUUAGCUUAAUCACGGAUCUAAACCUGGCGCACAAUCAGAUGGCUAAACUGCCGGAUGAGCUGGCCGAUCUGCACUCACUGCAGUUGCUCGACAUUUCACAUAAUUCCUUCAUCACGCUACCUGCCGUCGUGUUCAAAAUGCCUAAACUGCGCGAACUACGGGCGAACAACAAUGCCAUCAUCGACAUCGAUCGGGAUGAGAUCAUCACCUCGGACUCGCUGGAGCUGGUCGAUCUGAGAUACAACCCGCUGACGCCCAUGUGUCACGAGCUGCUGAGCAAUGCCAACGUAUCCUUCCGAAUCGAACUGUCGGAACGGGUAAAGGAGGAGUGGGAAGAUCUGACGAUCUGAAGCUACCCGAACCACCAGGUAGAUAGCACUCCUCCAGCCCGUUACCAUAACCAAUUGGUGUAGCCACUAUUUAAGAGUAUUCAGUUUCGUUUCGUAAUUUUUGUAUUCGUUUUACAAAGAUCGUACCAGAAAUCUUUCUAGCGUUAGGAACGGAGCUCUCCGUAUUACUUAUACAUAUUUAGAACUCGAUCAGAAGUUACUUAAUUUAGUGAGAUUUUACGGUCUGCCAAUUGAGGUCAACUGAACGAGUUUGAUCAAUGGAGACUUGACUUAAAUAAAUACAUACUACAGUGUAAAAUGUCCUUGUCUAUAUUUAGUGAAAAUUAAAAUACUAACCCGUACUGUAUUAUGAACAAACCCUUCAACCACCGUUGCGAUACAAAUCGAUGAAGCUUAGAAAGUUUAGUGCGAGGCAAAGGAUAGAUGAUUUUUUCUGUGAAAUUGAAGGGAAAAUUUUGAUCUAGUCAUUCAAGGGUGGUUGCAACGAUCAAAAUUAUUGUCAACGAACGGCUGCCGAAAUUAGGUACAUCUAGGUGCUACUCUCGAACCCAUUUUCGGCCGGCACGCAUGAUUGUCACUUAAUAUAAUUUAUAGAGUAACGUGAGUGAUAUUAUAUAUAUAAUAAACUAGUAAGUUUUCAGCUUUCCUAGCGGAAUGCAUGCAUCAAAAUUGUACGUAUAGCUAACCGAAGAAGAAAAAAAAAACAAACAAACCAGUGCAGUGUGGUGAUGUGCAAUAGCCUACCGAUGAUGGUUGAUAGAGUUGAGGGAAAAGAUGAAGAUGAUAGAGUUUAAUGAAAUUUUUGUUUGACGAAACGUUGAAUAAAGUAUGCUU